GGCCGCGGAAUAACACACAUAGACCUCCUCUGGGAAGGACGGACGGGUAAGGAGAGUUGAACACAAGAGUGAGAAGCAGAGGGUGCAACUCUGAGCUUUUAUUAUUCCAAACUGCGGCCUCCCAUCCCCCUAGAGUUUGUCUCCCAGCAGCAGCACGUCACACCCUCACGCACCUCUAGGCUGAAGGUGCGGCUGCUGGGGAUCAUGGGACUCUGGGGACUGGCGCAAUUCUCCACGGUUUUACAUGGACUUCAACACUGACUAGUACACAGGGAAACUGGAAGCAAUGGAGACCGGACGUUCUAUAUAAAUAUCCGAUAUAGUGACAUCUUUAACCCUUUGCACCGUAUCAUUACAAGGCACAGAACUACAGGCACUUGCUUGUAUCAGCAAUCAUGGCACUGAAAGCCCGGGCAUUGUAUAGCUUUCAGGGUGAGAAUAAGGAAGAGAUCAAUCUCAUGGAAAAUGAAGAGCUGCAACUGCUCAGUGAUGUGUCUCUUGAUGGGUGGCUUCAAGGAACCAACAGCAGAGGUCAAACGGGCCUUUUUCCAGCCUCCUAUGUGGAGAUUCAGAGCUCACGCUCUGGCUCUGUCCAAGUAGAUUAUUCAGGUAACGCUCGAGAAUAUACAGAUCCCCCUCACCAGGGAAGUUAUGAUGAUGAUGAUGAGGAAGAUGAUGAUGAUUGGGACGACUGGGAUGAUGGACAAACUGUGGUGGAUGAACCCAGUGGUUCCAAUGGUGUCUCACGUAGUGAGCUGCAGCACCACCAUCAUUAUUCAAGGCCAGAAUAUUCUCACCGCCCAAGACCAGCUCUAGAACGCCAGGACAGUAUAGCAAGUGGGAAGAGAGGCAGUGUGGUGGGACGCAAUUUGAACAGGUUCUCCAGCUUUGUGAGGUCUGGUGUGGAGGCAUUUGUUCUGGGGGAUGUCCCUCAAUUUGGAGGAGUGGCUGAAAGCCAUGCCAUAGAGAUGGCGCCCAAAGGGCCACAGUGGAAGGCAAAUCCCCGCCCUUUUAACUGCUCGGUGGAGGAACCUACAAAACAAACAAAGUUUAAAGGAAUCAAGAGUUACAUUUCAUACAGAUUGACCCCUGAUCACAGCAAUUCUCCUGUUUACCGUCGCUACAAACACUUUGACUGGCUUUAUAACCGCUUGUUGCACAAAUUCACAGUAAUAUCUCUGCCUCAUCUCCCAGAAAAACAGGCCACUGGUCGCUUUGAGGAGGACUUCAUCCAAAAGCGCAAACGUCGUCUAGUCUUAUGGAUGGACCACAUGACCAGCCACCCUGUUCUCUCACAGUAUGAUGGGUUUCAGCAUUUUUUGGGUUGUCAAGAUGAAAAACAGUGGAAGGCAGGUAAAAGGAGGGCUGAAAGAGAUGAAUUAGUGGGUGCUAGCUUCCUACUAACUCUGCAGCUACCUACAGAGCAUCAGGAUCUUCAGGAUGUGGAAGAGAGAGUAGAUGUCUUCAAGGCAUUUUCCAAAAAGAUGGAUGAAAGUGUUCUUCAGUUGAGCAGUGUGGUAUCUGAAUUGGCUCGUAAACAUCUGGGAGGCUUUCGCAAAGAGUUUCAAAAACUGGGGGCUGCCUUUCAAGGUCUUAGCCACUCUUUCCAGCUUGACCCUCCUUAUAGCUCAGAGCCUUUGGUGGGGGCCAUUUCUCAUACUGGCCGCACUUAUGAAGCAGUGGGAGAAAUGUUUGCCGAACAGCCCAAGAAUGAUCAAUUCAGGUUUUUGGAUACAUUAUCCUUAUAUCAAGGCUUGCUGUCCAACUUUCCAGACAUCAUUCACCUUCAGAAAGGUGCAUUUGCCAAGGUUAAGGACAGCCAGCGGAUGAGUGAUGAAGGUAGGAUGGAGCAGGAUGAAGCAGAUGGAGUCAGAAAACGUUGCCGUGUAGUGGGUUUUGCUCUUCAGGCAGAAAUAAACCAUUUUCACCAGAGGAGGCUUCUGGACUUCAAGCAGGCCAUCCAGCAUUACCUAAAGGAACAAAUUAUCUUCUACCGAAGGGUCAGUCAGGAGCUGGAGAAGACCUUGCACUUAUAUGACGAGCUGUGACACAGAUGACGUGACACCAGAUGACUAGAUGCUGUACCUGCCUAGCAUAGCAUCCUAUAUUCAUCUUAUACUAAACCUUUUUGUUAUCACCAAGGUGCCUCUUACUGUAGGGAAAGUAUUGUGCAUUAAAAUGUCCCAGCUGGAAAGGGCCACAUCAGGAUUUAAACAACAGACACUACUCCCACAGCUCAUAUAGAGCCUACUUACUAUGAGAUGCUGGUGCGAAGGGGUAUGUUCGGGACAAAGAGAUUUAUCACUGGGUGUGUAUAUUUGUGAUGAGGUGCUGCUGCUGUGUUACAAGAGCAAUAAUAAAUCAAAGCUUUAUCUUUU